GGCAGCGCCCACUAGACAUAUGUAUGUGCAUACGUAUACUUCCUGCGCCACAACUGGGACCUGUAUAGGACCUAGGACAGCCUAUAUAAAGCCUGUUAUCUGUCAAUUCGGCACACAAGCCCUAGUGCUAGCAGUGAAGUACUGUGUUAGAUUAGAAACAAUAGCAAAAUGUUUGCCAAGAUUGUUCUCGCUUGUGCGUUGGUGUGUGUGGCCAGUGCUGGCCUCAUAGCUCCACAUGGAGGCCUCCUUGGAGCUGGGUUAGCUGGACCAUACGGCCAUGGACUUGCCGCUCCCGCUUAUGGUCUUGGAUUAGGACAUGGUGGUCUUGUUGCCCACGGCGCUCCUUUCCUGCGAGCACCGAUCGCGCCCAUCGCUCACGCCGCCGCCCCUGUUGAGGUCUAUUCCCACCCCCGCUACACCUUCAACUACGGCGUUGCUGAUGGCCACACUGGCGAUCAGAAGAGCCAAUGGGAAGCACGUGAUGGAGACGUGGUCAAGGGACAAUAUUCCUUGGUUGAACCUGACGGCACUGUUCGCACUGUCAACUACUCUGCUGAUGACCACAAUGGAUUCAAUGCCGUCGUAAGCAGACAAGGUCACGCCGCGCAUCCCGCCGCCGCCCCCGUCGUGGUGGGCCAUGGUUUGGCGCAUGGACAUCUACUAGGCUAAACCAAUAACACCUCCCGCGAUACACCAACACGACAUCUAUUUAUUAUAUACGUAUUGUAGGUUACACAAUGGUAUGGGACAUUUUAAAGCAAUGCUUCACAGUCCAUGUAAAAGUUUUAGUUUGAGUUAGAACACCAAUUUGAAUUUAGAAGACGGUCCUAAAGGCUUGGGAGUGGAAAAAAAGAUGAGAUAGCCACAUGCGAUUGGUAAUUGGCUAUUCUUGGACUGUGUAAGAGGCUCGACGUUUCAUAAUGUGUAUAACUUUGGGACUACAUGGCCCUAUUCAUAUCUUUUUCCUGAAACGCUACUACGACUGCUGUUGUAUUAUAAUUUCUUAGUGUAAGUCCUUCAGGUUUUCAGACUUUUUAAUACAUUUUAUGAAACGUCUGAUAUAACGCCUGUGAGGUGCUAGC